AUGGAAAAAUCGAAACUCCAUUCCCACCCACAAUUUGACUAUAAAAAAUUGAAGAAAACGAUACAUUCUUUCAGUUUUGUGAUGGCUGAAACGUUAGAAUCAACACAAGAAGUUAUGAAUGGGAGAGAAGAAGAAGAUGAGGUGACGUUGUGCAUGGAAAAGAUGCUUUCGUUUGUGGUUCCAAUGGCUUUGAGGACAACGGUUGAGCUUGGCGUGUUCGAUAUUCUAGCCAAAGCUGGGGAAGGUGGGAAACUGUGUGCAGAAGAGAUUGCAGUUGAGAUAGGAAGCAAGAACCCCGAAGCUCCAGCAAUGGUGGAUCGUCUUCUUAGUCUUCUGAACCACACCCUCGGAGGUUCUACACCCUCUCUCCUGCUUCCAAAUUUUGUUUCUGAUCCUCACGGUGUAUCAUUGGGAUCUUCCGUCAAGUUGCUUCUCGACCCCAUCUUCUACAAAAGCUGGAGCGAACUGAAAGAAGCGAUCGUAGAAGGGGGUGUAGCAUUCGACAGGGCCCAUGGCAUGCAUGCCUUCGAAUAUUCAGGUGUGGAUCCCAGGUUUAAUCAGGUUUUCAACAACAGUAUGACAGCCCUCACCACUCUAAUUAUGAAGAGGAUUCUUGAAUUCUACAAUGGUUUUCUGCAUGUCACAAAGCUCGUCGACGUUGGUGGAGGUUAUGGUGUCAACCUCAAAUUGAUCACAUCCAAAUACCCUCAUAUUGAAGCUAUUAAUUUUGACUUGCCUCAUGUCGUGGAAAAUGCCCCCGUCUAUUCAGGUUAUUAUCUGGAAUUCUGUAUUCAUGAAGACAUGUUUGAGAGCAUGCGUGGUGUGUGUUUGAGUCACAGUUAUUGUAAUCCUGCAGGUGUGGAGCAUGUGGGAGGAGACAUGUUUGAGGGCGUUCCUUCAGGAGAUGCCAUUUUUAUGAAGUGGAUACUUCAUGAUUGGAGUGAUGAACACUGCGUGAAGGUCUUGAAGAACUGCUACAAAGCUAUUCCUGAUGACGGAAAGGUUAUUGUGGUGGACUCAAUUGUGUCGAUGGUGCCUGAGAAAAGUGUUACUGCUAAGAGUGUUUUGGGAUCUGACCUUAUGAUGAUGAUUCACAACCCAGGAGGGAAAGAGCGAACGCGCCAAGAAUUCAUAGAAUUGGCAGAAGCAUCUGGAUUUAGCGGGGUCAGAUUCAUCUGCUGUGUAUGCUGCAACUGGGCUAUGGAGUUCCACAAGUAA